AUGACAGAUUUUUUUACUGUUAUCCAGGCAGCAAGAUUUGAACACAAAACUCGUUUUCUCACCAGACUUUGUCAGUCACCAUACAAUGGUUGUUACUUUCUUGGAACACUCAUUAUCCUUCUUAACAUCUGCAGAAGCCACUGCUUCACAACAGCUAUGAAAACUCAACCGAAGCUGGACAUCUUGGAUUGCAUAACAGUUUAUUAUAUGGGACUGAUCAUUUUGGUGGCGGGGACAGUUUUUGUGGUCUGCAGUUUCUAUGCACUGGGAUUUGUUGGCACUUUUUUAGGAGACUACUUUGGUAUUUUGAUGGACACAAAAGUCACUGGGUUUCCCUUUAAUGUUAUGGAUAAUCCAAUGUACUGGGGCAGCACAGCAAACCACUUCGGUUGGGCUCUUUUAAAUGCAAGCCCAGUAGGACUGAUCCUAACAGCUGUGGUGGCAUUAACUUACAAGGUUGCUAUUAUGUUUGAGGGGCCUUUCACUGAGGAGAUAUACCAGGAGAAAGAGAAACUAGAAAAGAACAAAUAAAACUGGAUGAAGAAAUAAAACUGUCUGUCCAUUUCAUGUGAUUUGCACUAAGAAGAUGAAGCAAAAUAGUUAAAUUUUCAGAACACAGGGAAAGAGAACUUCUGUCCUGUCCUGCACACUGACACUUGGGAAUACCAUGGUUGUGUGAAAUAAUGAAGAAAAUCUUUGGCUUUCAGACCUGUAUUUUGUCGUCACAAAUGUCCUUCAGAAGUAAAAAAAAAAAAAAAACAGAAAAUCAAUAACUCAAGAUAAACUACCCUGACCCAUUUCAAACUCUCAAGCUGAUAUGCUGCGCUGGAGCUUGAUUGUGUUUUAUCACAUUGUCAUGAGAUUUGCAAUGUUUGCAAAGUCUGGUCAAUGCUCUAGGCAUCUGAACAUUGUCACGUACCUACCUGUAUACUGUCAGGAAUGUUGAGACUGGGAAGAGCAGGUCUUCUGGUUGCAUUUUCAUCUCCCUUUCCCUUCAUUUGUCAGUACAUCAGAUGAAGUGUCUCUUAAUCCCAGAGCUACCUUGCUGUGUUUAUGAGUUACAGUGAAUACUGAGGGAAGUGCUUUGUUAGCACUGAAGCUGUAAACUGUUUCACUGAGACAGCAAGAUUGUCCAAACAAUAAUUAUUUGGAACAGAGAAAUGUACUGUUUCCCACUGCUACAUUGGAUUUCUUUUGUGUUGCUGUAAUAGUGGUGUGUGUAGUUGGGGGAUGCAGCACAAAACAUGACAUUCUUAAUUUUCAAGUGACUGGAUAAUAGUGUGUCCUUCAUUGCCACUGGUUUUGGAUUUGGAUUAAGGUGGUCCUAUGUCCACCAACACGCAUAUAUUUCCAGCAGUAUGUUCUGCAGCAUCUCAUGGUAUUUCUUCAUUUGACUGGGUCUGUUUUAUGCAAAAUCUGUUUAUGCAAGGCAAAUUCAGCAAAAAGCCUCAAAAAUAUACACAAGUUAAAUUCUAUUGUGAAGUUUGUGCACCUUUUGGAGUUGGUUAUAUUGAGUAAUGGAAUGCAGAGGUAAGCAUCUCUGCAAUGGGUCUUUCCCCUCCCUUGUAAACAUAUCGUUAUUCCUGAGUCCAUUUGCUGGAUAAAGCAUUGGCUUAUUAGUUAUUAAAGUCUGACUGGGAUGCAGAAAUGACGUGUACUUUUCAACUAAGCUUAAUCUCAUGCUAGUAACAGGACUCAUUAUAAAGCAUCACACAUCUAAUGGGCGAAAACCUGAAAAACAGAUUAAACAAAUUAACUGUAAAUAUUGUACCACUUCAUAUACAGUAUACUCUGGGAACAACUACUCACCCACCUUAGAAACAGAGCCACCUGCACAUGCCUCUCCCAUCUCACAAUAAGAUAAGCCCUCCUGACAACACACAUACCUACCCCCCCCCCCCAUUCACAUGUUAGCACUAUUCAAAGCCAUGUGUAUAACUGCAGGUUAAACACUAUAACUUUGUACAUGUUCACUUAAUACACCUCCCACUAAGUAGCCAUCUUCCUCCAUUACCACUUCCCCUUUUACUACUCCCCUCCCCACCUUUCUUUGCCUAUCUCCUGCCAUGAGCUGUCACUGCUCCCCUCUUCACUUAUGUUACCCUCUUACCUACCCCCAUAACUAACACUUCCUCCACUAAAUUCUCAUUCUCUUACACCUAACUAAUGCCACUUUGAACUCAUACCACUACCCCAUUUCCCCCAUAGCUAUACUGCACAUGUGAAUGUAUGAUACAGUCUUAAACUGCAUUUCUAGCUCAAACUUAUCAACUCUGUGUUGUGGUGUUGUAUUUGUUAUUAAUGUUGUACAGUUGUACUGUUGUUAGCAAGCCUCAUAAAUUGUUUUGCUUUCA